UUAAAUCUCCAGAUUGCAUCAUGUUGUUUUGAGUUGAUGGUAUUGAUCCAUGAGAGCAAUGAGUGAGGGCUGUGAAAGCCUCCACAUUCCAUGACGUUCUCAACCUUUCUGGGAGGUUAUUGGCUAUAAGUGUAUCCUGGCGCAAACUUCAUUUUAUUAGAACUGGUCCCGGCCAAUCAAGAAGGUAGAUUUAGUAGCCUACAAGUUAUCUAGCUCCUCGAUGCUUUCGAUUGACUAGCAAGGCGUGUUAGUGUGGGUGUGAUUAGUGCAUAGCACUUGCUUCAUGGUUCUUUAUUCUGGCUGUAACUGUGCUGUGCAUACGGCUGUAUUUUCAAGGGCGCGUUCCUCUUGGCGGAGCUGCACUGUCGCUCUCCACACGUGCAAGUGUCAAGAAAAAUAUUUCAGCACUGGAGCUGUUCACGUCAGCGUUUUGACGGACUCUGACGGAAUAGGUCAUUCGUGUCACAUUUGCAGUAUAUAUUUGUGGAAUCCAGGCUAUUUUGAGUAGGCUAAACGCGUACUUUUCAUUCAAUCGAAGCCUUGCAAUGCUGGGUAGCUGUUCGUGAGACACAAGGAAAAAAAGUCCCAAAUCACGGUGGAGAGUUGUCCGAUUUUAUCUCAGUAAUGGGAGUGCUCAUGUCUAAGAAGCAGCAGGUGCAGAAAUGCACCUCGGUCGUCUCUGCCUUUCAGCAGGGCAUGAAGGAACGCGCUCCAACCACAACAAACCAGGGGGAAAGAUCUGGAGAGGGGCCGGCUGAAUCCUUGCCACUACCAAAUCCAAAGGAGGAGGGGGAGCACGGGGAGGCAGACGGCAAAGUGGGACCCUCGGGGACCUCCCAGCAAGCUGCUGUUCCAGGUCCGGCUCCCACCAGGGACGAGUGUAAGGUCAACCAGGAGGCCUGGAAUAGGUUACGGGAUGGGAAGGGGGUGGAACCUGAGGAUCUGGACAAGACCGGCCAUCAGCUCAUCCCACCUGCAUUUGUACGUCCCAAGAGAGAUGCCAAUGAUGACCAGCCUGUUGAAAUAGCACUGGGACAGAGAGAGCAGCCGGUCAAUGAUGAGAUGUGCGAGGUGUGUGAGGUGUGGACGGCCAACGACCUGUUCCCCUGCAGGACCUGCACACGAGUCUUCCAUGACGGCUGUCUGAGGGAGUUGGGCUACCUUCGCACCGAACUCCUGCAGGAGAUGAGGGAGACAGCACACACUUCGACAGGCUGGAGCUGCUACUACUGCGACAAUGUGAACCUGCUUCUGACUGAAGAGGAGAUGUACAGCCUAAUGGAAACCUUCAAGCAGUGCAAGAUCAUCCCUGAGUCGUGCCUGGUGUCAGAUGAGCUGCUGCAGUACCGCCACUUUGUGUCCAAGCAACUGUUUGAGAAGGACCUGUCUGAUGAGCAGGAAGAGGAGGUACUGGCUCAGUUCGCUGCCCUGGACUCAGAGAAGAGGGGCCAGAUUGAGUGGUCUGACUUCCUAUACCAUGAGUCCCUGGGAGUGCUCAGGAAGUUCCGCACAGAGAACUCGUUGGUGCGUCUGUUGAGUGCUAAGGAGAGAGACCACGUGCGGUCAGUGUUUGUGGGUUUGGACCUGGAUAAAGAUGGUGUGGUCACGGGAGCAGAGACCCGCUGGGCCCAGCAGUCCUGGUUUCAGAAGUUCAGCAAGGAGUCCCAGUCCUGCAACGUGAGACUCUUUGGAUUGUGUUCUCCUGUGAAUUGUGGUAUUAGCCACGUUGGCCCCAUAUCUGAGAGCAGUCCAGCCAGCUCCAGCAGUGAGAGAAGCAGUCAGAAAGAUGACAACAGACCAGUGAGCUGGGAAGACUUCCUGAGGGAGAGUGCCAUCUACAUCCUGGCUGCACGGCCCAACAGCUUGGCCAUGCACAUCCGCCUACCACUAUAGCCCACGAGACCUCACCCUGCCUGGGAGAGCAUAUACCAUGGCACUAUAGGGGACAAACCUGAGCAAAUAGAGGAAUACUGCACCACUAAGAGACUGGACAGAACAAGCCAUCAACAGAUCUCCUGUUUCACACCACCGAUCAACGACCCACUGACAACCACCGAUCGACAACCACCGAUCAACAACCCACUGACACCACCGAUCAACGACCCACUGACACCACCGAUCAACAACCCACUGACACCAACGACCCACUGACACCACCGAUCAACGACCCACUGACACCAACGACCCACUGACACCACCGAUCAACGACCCACUGACACAACCGAUCAAUGACCCACUGACACCAACGACCCACUGACACCAACGACCCACUGACACCACCGAUCAACGACCCACUGACACCACCGAUCAACGACCCACUGAAAACAACAUUCAAUGACCUACAAGUACUUACUGACAGUUAAAUGACAACACAAGCUGACAACCCACUUGUUAUAGACACUCAUGAAACACUAAGGAUAAAAAGGCAACGGCCCAUUUUCACACACAAGCCAACAAUUCAGUGGUGCUUUGAAGGCUCGGGGUUUCCCGGAGGGCUCACUUUUCCCUAAAUCAGUGCUUCCCAACUCCCGGUUCUUGAUUUCUCCCAACGGCACACAUUUGUGUUGUUGCCCCGGACAAAUUAAAUCAGAUGUUUUUGUCAAGGGCUUCAUGAUUAGUUGACAAGUAAAAUCAGGUGUGUUUGUCUGGGGCCACAACACAAAUAUGUACCUUUUGGUGUACUUGAGGACCGGAGUUGGGGAAACUAAAUGAUUACUUUAUACAUUCCAUUUGUCAUGUUACAGUCUAAGACACCUUUUGUGUGAUCAAUUUUGAAUUGGAUAAGAAUUGCAUUGAUAGCAUAAGACUAUCACAUAACCUGCUAUUGGUUCAAGCAUCUUAAUUGGAUCAUCUUCUGUAUUGUAUCAUAAUUGUUGAAAGUAAAAUAGUAUCUCUGUCAUUGAGGGAGAUUUUGAAGCCCCUUCAAAUCUUGGUUGAUGAACGGAUAGACUUCUGUGUUAAGACUGACAGUGCAACUGCUUCCUGAUCAGCACAUGUACCAAACAGGAAUGAAAGCUAUGUGCAUACGUAAUAUUAUAUAUCGAGACAUAUGCCAUAUAAGUAUAAUAACAUAUAUUAUUAUGCAUUUAAAACACUGUAUUUAUUCUACCCUCCAUUUUUACACUCACUUGUUUAAGAUCCAUGUGUUAUCUUUAAGCGAAGACUAUGAUGAAGGUUGUGAAUUUGUUGUUGUAUUGGACACUAAUCCAGUAGCUGGGCCUGUUCAUUCACCUAUAAGUAUAUUUGCUCCUGUACUGUAGUAGCCUUCUACAACCACUGCACAUGACAAAGUGGAAUACUCUACUGCUGCCAUUCUAAUAUUUUAUUUGAACACUGACAUUUAGAAUUGUACAGCUUUUGAGGGUUAUUUAUUGGAAUUGAAAUCAUGCAUUUAAAAGGGAUUUCCGUAGGAUGAGUGAGGUUGGAGCCCACACAUUCGGCCUUCAUGAUACUUGCAGUAGCAUUGCUUCAGACUCGACUUAUACAUUAACUGUGAAAUGUAUUGGCUUUAUGGAGUGGCAUUACAGUUUGGGUUAGUUAGGGGAACAUGUUGAUACAUUUUCCCAGGUGCUACAGUAUAUCAUGUUUAUGCUCAUGUAAUGAAGGUCUAAUGUCUGGUACUUGAAUGUUAAGAUGGUAAAGGCUGGGGAAUAUGUGACAGUGCUGAAAUAAAUGCAUGGCAUUAACCCUCCUAAUGG